AUGGACAGGUGUCAAAUUUUUGUUGGUGGCACAGGUUUGGCUCAGGCACAGUAUCUGGAGCUGGAUGACGAUGAUUGUUCCAUUAAUGGCCACGUGCCUGGUUCAUUUGCUGAUGGGAGAGUACAGGUAGAUAAGAUUGCAGCUGCUAAUCUGGAGAAGCCUAUAGCUUCAACUGAAGUCAAACCUCCAUCUUUUGCAUUAAAUGAGAAGUCUGAUAGCAGAACGUCUGAUGGUGUAUAUACAGUUGCGCCUGGUGCAACAGGUACCGUACCAAAACCAGUGCAUACAGAUAAAGCUGAUAUGAAUAAUUCAGAUGCUGAAGUCCCUUUUAGGGUACCAGAAAUUCUUGUGUCAUCAUCAGCAGCACCUACUAGCAUAUUUUCCACCAAUUCUCAAGUUUCCAACAAUUUAGCAAGUCAAAGUUCUCUCAGCAGCAUGGCCCCCACUGCCAACACUAACAGUGGUAACAACAUUGCUGCUACUAGUGCUGUUACCACCAGCAAUCUUUUUAGCCCAGUUUCAGCACCAUCCUUUUCAGCCGAACCCUGUUCUAAAUUUUCAGUCUCUAGUGCAACUACGGUGACACAGGUACCUGAAAAUUCUCCCUUGGAAUUGUUAGGAGACAAAAACAAGCAAGAUGGUGGUUUUGCUAAUCUAAGCCGCACAGUUUUGCCUGGCACAUCUACUACCAGUGCAGGCACAGAAAAUAGUUUUGUGGGUGUUUCUGCUGCUGCGUCCUUCCCUACUGCCACCAAUCAGUCGGGCCCUACUUUCAGUUCUGGUAGUGGAUCCGGUCUUGGUGUCCAGGCAUCACCUGGAUUGUUGUUCAAAUGUGAACCCUCAUCUGCCUCAACUGCGUUAACAUCUGGAAGUUCUUCCUUGGAAUUCUUAAAUGAUAGGAACAAGCAAGGUGGGUCCUUUGGUACUGUAAGCAGUUCCUUGUUUUCUGGCACAUUUGCAACAAGUGCAAGCGCAUCAAGUAACAGUUUUGGGUUUUCUGCUGCUGCUUCCAUGCCUACCGUUACCAGUCAGGCUCCUGGUUCUUCUCUGUUUAGUGGUGGCAGUGGAACUGGUUCUGGUACCCACCUGUCCCCUGCUGGGACAGGAGUUGCGGCUUCCACACAGAGUGCACCUGUUCAACCUGGCUCAUCAUCUUCCAGUUCGGUGUUCAAUUUUGUAGGAAAUACAGCUUUCUCUUCUGGGAUUUCUGCUCCAACUACCAACAGCGCAUCGGGGUUUGCAAUAUCCAAUGGUGCAUCAUCAACUGGUGUGUUCCCCUUUACGUCAUUUGCAACUACUGCCACAUCUCAACCUGCAUUUGGUAACUCCAAUCCUAUGGGCUUUUCUACAGCUCCGUCUGGUAAUAAUGAUCAAAUGAGCAUGGAAGACAGCAUGGCUGAGGACACUGUUCAUGCAUUACAACCCACAGUUGCAGCCUUUGGUCAACAGCCUGUCUCAGCUCCUCAAUCUACACCCACGUUCCAGUUCACCCAGCAACCUGUGUCAACCCCUCAAACCCCCUUUGUAUUUGGAGGUUCCUCCAAUGGCUUCCCGUUUCAGAGCCAACAAAACCAAUCCAACUCACAGAAUCCUUCCCCAUUUCAGCCUGUCAAUAGUUUGGCCAACGCGCAGAACCCUUCACCAUUUCAGGGUUCUAAUAGUCUAGGUUUGCCCACCAGUAGCUUCUCACUGGGCGCCCCUGACAAGUCUAAUAGAAGGAUUGUGAAGGUUAACCGUAGCAAGAACAGGAAGAAGUAG